AUGGCUAAAGGCCGGCAGGAGUUCGAGAGAGAGUCCUUGUUCAGCUAUCUGUCGGUACGCACUACAAGAAGCUUUGUGCACCUACAUGCAACGUGCAUAAGAGCUCGCCUGUCGGCCAGGUUGGAGCAGAAGAGCUACCAGCGAAUGCAGAAAGUCUCCACACGCGCAAUGCUGCUCUGUUGCGUGGUAUACCUGAUGAUGGGAGUCACCGGCUUCCUGGCCUUCGGUGAAGAUACGCUGGGCAACAUCUUGGGCAACUUGCAGCCUAUGCUCUGUGCGAAUGACUGGAUGGUCCGUUCCGGGAUGGCCAGCAUGGCCUUUGCCGUGACAAUGGCGUACCCGCUCAACAUUUUCCCAAUUCGUUUCUCGGUAGAGACGGCGUUGUUCUACCACAGACCUAGCCUCAACUGUUCCGCCGUGCGGACAGGCAUUGCCGUCGGCGCGGUCGCUUCAAGCCUUAUUGUCGCGAUUGCUUUACCCCAAAUCAAUCUGAUCUUCGAGUUGAUCGGGGCUACCACUGGCAGCUUCGUGUGUUUCAUUGGUCCUGGGCUGCUUUUCCAGAGGACAGUGCCUGGCCAUGUCUUCGCCCCUCACAAGCUCAAGGCACUGCUUCUCAUUGUCAUGGGUUCCCUCUUCCUCCUGCUCGGAACCUACAGCAGUGUUCUCGAUGUCUUGGCGCAACUGUCCGAGGGGUCCCGUGCCAAGACGCCGAGAAAGUGGAAGCGAGCCGAGUCUGUGGAGGACUGGCGGAAGAAAGAGCUGGAGCGACUGAACUGUACCAAGUAUCACUACUUGAAGUUCGUCGAGAAGCAGAAAGUAGAGCGGCGGUUGAAAAGCUGUAAGAGGCAGCUGGUUCAAGCUCAGGAAGCUGGCAAGGAGGAGGAGGUCGGCGCGCUUCAGAAGCAGCUGCGCUCUCAUCUCGCGGACCACGAGUACAUUACCUACUACCCGAAGCACCUGCCAUACAACUCGCUGUUUCCCGCACAGGACUCUGAGGCCUCGCAGCAGAGGCGCGCUGAGAUCCGGCGAAUGAUACGCGAGCAGCUGUCGCAGGAAGGUACGGAGGCUGCGCUUGAUGCUCUGGGCGAUGAGCCUCAGGUCUCCAACAAGAAGACAGGCGAAGUGCAGCGCAAAGCCUCCAAAGUGAAACCCAAGCAGCGGCAGCAGCAGCAGCAGCAGCCGCAGCCGCAGCUGAAGAAAAAGAAGAAGCUGAUGCAGCGCGGAGAGCUGCAAGAAGAGCCACUGGCAGAAUCUCCUGUCGGUGAGACAGGGACGACGUCGAAUCGGAAGCCGAAGAAGCGGCGGGUUGAGGCACAACCUUCGGAGAAGCCUACGAAGGUAGAGAAGGACGAGGCCUCCAGAAAGAAGCCCUUGAAGCAUCCAAAGAAGAAGGCGCAGAAGGUGGAGGAGCCCUCCGCCAAGCCGGCUAAGACGGCGAAGACAAAGAGCUCCAAAG